AUUGUUUGGUCUCUCCAUGAGUUUUCUUGUCGACAAACGUACUCAGCAUGUAAAGAAAACUUCAUAAUGAUUGGUCGAGAUAUGUUGAGUCUUCAUUCUGUGGAUUACAGAAAAUGGGAGCGAAAUACAAGUUCCAAACACCUGCUUUGGGCAGCUCCUCUUCAUAAACAAGACAUAUCAUCUAAAAAAGGAGGAAUAAGACCAUCUCCAACUGUAAAACCAGGGAAAUUUCAAAACACUGUCCACAAUGAUUUCACAACACUCCCCAAACUCCUUACAAGAAGGACAACAGAAAGAGUUGAACAUGAAAGGAAAGAUAGUAUCAAAACCCUGAUGUUACUCAUCAGGUCCAGGAAAGAAGCAGUAAAGGAUCUGGAGGAGCAUUGUGAACAGCUUCAAGAGAGAAACCUGCAGGUGGCCAGAAGCAUUGUGGAUACAGACAGAAACUCAGUCUACAAAGCCAAUGAACUGCUCAUCCAUAGUCAACAAAUGAGGAGAUCAAUGACAGCUUUGAAAAGAUGGGAUGACCGUCUUAUUAAAAGUGCCAAAGCAGACUUGACUGCUACAGAGGAAAUGUCACACACACAUCUCAGUGGUUUGCAGAAGCAGUGGAAUGUUGUAAAAGCAGAGGUGAUAAAAGCUCAGAAGGAGCUGCGUUUCCUGAAAACAUACAGAGAUAUGGAGUUCCCAGUCAAGGUCUUGCUGAUUGCAGACAUGGAAAGAAAGCUGGACCAAUUGAAAAAGCUGCAGCAGAAUGAGCAAGAAGAUGUGGCUCUACUGUUUGAGAAAGAGAUGGAAAGUUUGGAGAGAUGCCAAAAGCAAAGAGAACAGGAAGUGCUGUCAGCCAUUGCUGAGAAACAUGCAUCCCACAUCCCUCCUAUUGUCGAACUAAUGACCUCACAGAACUACAAAAUGAAAGAACAGAUUAAUCUGCACAGAAAGGUGAUAAUGGAAAUGGAGCAGAAAAAUGAAGAUCUAAUGAAAAGUAUUCAGAAGCUGCAACUAUCAAGACCAAACAUCAAGCGAGAGAUCUUUCCAGAUGUUUUCCUGAAAUCAGAUAAGUGUACUCCAGAUAUGGGCGUCCAUCUCAAUAUACCUCAUGAGGAUUUACUCCCUGUGUAGCCCUGUGCUGAAAGCAUUACCUUUUUGAGUCUUUCCUUCAGCUGCUAUAUAUUACAGAUGGAAAUCAA